UGCAAUGGUUCCGCCCGGAUAUAUGUAAAGAUUUAUUUCACAUCUUCUCGUUGGACAUCCACGUUCUAAAUGUCAGUAAAGACCAGAGAAGAUUUGAAUUACAGCUCCGAGAGAUUUUAGGCGUUGGUGCCACGAGUCCCCCUCCAGACUGCUGAGAGAAACAGUCCAGACUUCAAACCAAAAAAACAAAACACAGUCUCAAAACCACAUCGCUAAGCCAGCUGGCAGACUGCCUUUCCCUGAGCUGCUGUUCCCACAGGGAGGAAAACUCUGUUUGGUGUGGACGUAUUGAACUCAGAGCGCCACCAGGUGAGCAAGAAUGAGCCUGGAAAGACAAUCAAAGGGUGUUGACCUGGCUGCCCUGCAGGAGCGCCUCUCUGGCCUGUGGAACAGGAAAGAGCAGGAGGAGUUGCGACAGGUUUUAGCAGAGAGCUUCUCGCAGAUGAAGGAGCCUUUAGCUGAGCUGCUGGAUGUGCUGGAGGUCUGUCUUACCACCACACAGAAGAGCAAGUCUACAACCCUGUUUCAGUUUAUUCUAACAGAGUUUAUGCGCUGGAGGACAAAUAAUCCCAAGGCCAGUUUAAAAAGUCUCAAGGAUGAAGAGAGACUGAGUUUACAGCAGCAAGCAUUGGGACUCCUAACAGACUCACAGCCAGGGUACAUGGAUCCACUGCUGGCCAUUUACCAGCUGAGCUCACUGGAGAAACCACUGUUGAUAAACCAUGUGUCCUUCCUGCACGACUGCUGCUGGUACAAAGAGGCGGUGGUGUUCAGUGUCAAAUUGGAACUUCAGAAAGAUCUUGACAUGGAGACGAUGUGUGUUCCUCUCAUUCUCCUGGAUAAGCUGCCAUUAGUGGAGAUGUAUGUGCGCGACCACCCAAACCUGCAGCUGCGGGUUGUGACUCUGCUGGACUCGUGGUGUGAUCCAGACUUUAACAUCCAGACUCUGCUCAGUCAGUACCCACAGCUGGUUCUCUCCAAGCAUCAGACGGAUCAGAUUCAGCCCAAACUCCUCAGCAAACACGUCUUCAGGCUAAUGGAAAAAUUCGGCAUCGACCCCAGUCUGUGCCCAAAUUCGGUCUACAAGAGAAAACUGGAUUCACUGAAGUUUCUUAUGUACAAGACCUUUGGAGAUAAAACAAUGUCUGAAGACAAUUGGAAAGAUCAUGUACAGGCUAUGGUUGAAGGUAACACAGAGCUACAGGUUCAGUUGUUGCAGCUGUUGGUUAAGCACUGCAGCCUCCAGACCGCUGCCCAGUGGGCCGCGCAUUACAGCGUACCCAGAGACAGGCUUCCCAUCGGGGUGUGGGACAAAAUUCAGAGCCUCUCCCCCCAGCAGCUAGAGAUGAAUUCUGUGAGCGCCCAGCCUGAGUCAUGGAUGCCCCCUCAAUCUGAUCAGAAAAAAUACUACCAGCUUCCUCUGGCCAGAGAAAACGUUCACUUUGUAGAGACAUUAGAUAAACUUGAGCUGUGCAAAGAGGCUGUUUUAAAGGAUGGCUGUGUGGUGGGAAUAGACAUGGAAUGGAGAGCUGGUUUUGGCACCGUGUCCUCUCAGCAUGUGGCUCUUAUCCAGCUGGCCGUACAGGGACAGGUGUUUCUGUUGGACCUGUGCGCUCAUGGCAUCAGUCAGCAUAAUGCCAUAGUGGACUUCAUCAGAGUUUUGCUUUCACACAAGAACAUCCUCAAACUGGGUUAUGGGAUGUCUGGAGACUUGAAAAGUCUGGUCAGCACUUGGCCUGAGCUGAAGGAAGAACCAUUAAAGAUGGAAGGGGUUCUAGAUCUUCUCCACGUCCAUCAAGAGCUUCAGCGCUGUUGGGUGGGUAACAGAGGGCGUCGGUCAGUGGAGGUGAGUGAGGGUCCGGCAGAGAAGGGUCUGAGUCUGUUGGUGCAGCAGGUGCUUGGGAAACCGGUGAAUAAAAUCGAGCAGCUUUCCAACUGGGAACGGCGGCCACUCCGGACCAGUCAACUCCGUUACGCAGCUGCUGAUGCAUACUGUCUGCUAGAUGUCUACCUCGCCCUAUCAAAGGACCCUAAGGUAUAUGGAUUGCCAGAUGACCUCCGCUCCAUUCACUCCACCCAACUAACCAAAAGUCGUGAGGAGAAGAAACCCAAAGACAAGAGCAAGCAAAGGAGAAGAGAGGCUCGGCAGAACGCGAACGAGCCCCAGUGUGUAGUGGAUGAGUGCCUCUCUGUGAAUUCGGAGGACCAGGGGCCCACCAUCACCCCACAUGAGCUACGGGUGGUCUGCGAUAACAUGCUACAGGGUCUGGGCCGUUACCUGCGCUGUCUGGGGGUGGACGUUAAGAUGCUGGAAAACACAGAUGACCAUAAAGUAGCGGCAGAGCUGGCUCGUGCCGAAGGUCGUGUGAUCCUCACCGCAGGUCAGCCCUACCAAACACUAAGGUCCCAGGUUGCAGAGGGCCGCUGUCUGACUCUGGACUGCUCAGAAAAAGCACGCGACCAGGCCAUGCACGUUCUCAGGCAUUUUCACGUCCACCUUACCCCCGCAGACAUCUUCAGUCGAUGCCAGGCCUGUAACUGUGAUGAGUACCUGAAGCUGGCCAGAGAGGAUAUGACACGUAUGAUGAAAGAAAGAGGUCUUCUUCAAAACAUUGUUUCCAAACGGGAUGAUUACAUGCUGCAGGCUGAGACACAAGCAGAUUACAAUAUCUGGAGGUCCCCAGAGGCCCCCGACUUUACCCCUCGCUGCCGCUGGGCCCCACAUACUGCCCUGGACCCCCAGACCUUUAAAUUCCCCAGCGGGGCCGAAGUUCAGCUCGAGACCGUGCCCCCGGGGCUCCUUCCACGCAUUCCAGUUUACUUCAUCUGCACUGGCUGUGGAAAGGUGUUCUGGGAAGGGACCCACUUUGAUAAAGUGCUGUCACAGUUUCAAGAGGUGCUUCAUAUUGAAAAUGCAUAAGAUCAACUUGGAGAAAUUCCAGGUGUGAUGGCGUGACAAUGUCGCGCUGUUUGUUUUUCACAGUGAAGAAUGUCAGUAGUAGUUUUUUAUUAUUAUUUUUAUGUAUUUUUUUUAUUAAUUACUGCACAUGCAGCAGUUAAUAUUGUUGGAAGUUUAAAGCUGCUUUGCAUUGUAAAAUAUAAAUGUUUACACUGGUUGUUCUUUCAAUAUAGGCCAAGAAAUGUAUUUUUUUUUUUUUAGACAACCUUGAUGUUAAUUUUGUGCAAAACACAUAAUUUUUAUAAGCUUUUAAAACUCUGUUCUAUUUUUUUUUUUUUUUUUGAAAAUCUGACACGGUUCAUGUUUAGUUCUCAAAUCUGUAAAUCUUUUGAACUACAAAAAUGUCUCGCCAGUGCUGAAUUCAUGCCAGCGUCCGUUUUCCUUCCAUGUUUUUAAGGACGAUUUGUUCAUAAGAGGAUGAGCAGUGCACACAGUGUCUUUCAAGCUGCCCUUCCAAGUCCAAUAAAACAUGCUUAAAAAAAACA